AAUAGAAACUAUUUUAUAGCAUCAUGAAAUACUUUAUCUAUGUUAUAAUCACUAUGAUAAUUGGAGUCACCUUAUCCUACACUGUCAAGGAUGUGGAUAUGUCGAACAUAGAAGAAUCGGUUAAUUACCAUUCAAACGACAAUUCCACUUGUUCUAUGUGUAUACAAUAUAUUACCAAAUGGCAAACAUAUUUAAACUCAACUUCAUUGGAUGAACAGAUUGAAAAAUAUAUUAAAUCAUCUUGUGCAUUUUAUUUAUUUUUCAGACAUCAGUGUGAGAGGAUGAUGGAAAGAUGUUUGAAUAAAACAAUCCAUAUUAUAGAACAAACCAAUGCUACAACACUAUGCAAAUUCACUCCUUUCUGUUAACAAUGGGUCGGGGUAAUUAUGAUCUGACUAUUUACAUUAUGAUGUAACAUUAUUUAAAGUGAAAAUAUAUGUGUAAUAAUCAAUGCCA